CGUACAGAGCGUAGGGCCCUUGUAUUGUGGGAGUCUGUUGUGGCUGUGUGGCGUCUAGAUCCCGUGGUCGGCUCUGAUCUAUGCAGGCGGAGGUGCGGUCUUUCCGAAGCAGGUUUUCGACUGGGCGCCCCGGGAUGUCUGUGGCCUUCGUACCGGACUGGCUGAGGGGCAAGGCGGAAGUCAAUCAAGAGACUAUCCAACGGCUCCUGGAGGAGAAUGACCAGCUGAUCCGCUGCAUCGUGGAGUAUCAGAACAAGGGCCGGGCACACGAGUGCGUCCAGUACCAACAUGUGUUACAUAGAAAUCUCAUUUAUUUGGCUACCAUUGCAGAUGCCAGCCCAACCAGUAUUUCAAAAGCAAUGGAAUGAUCUUCCAGUUGGCUGUUGUGAAGAGUAAUUGAAUAUAAUCCUUUUCCUAGGAAAUGGAGACAGACGGGGUCUUUACCAACUCAUCUGUUUGAAUCAUGAAUGAAAUUUCUGUGGCUCUUUUAAAAAUGUGAAGACAGUUACUCACUGUAUUCUCAAUGUAAAUAUUUAUUUUAAUAAUUAAGUAGAUCCCUCAAGAAUUUGAUCCCAGGUGUCCUUUUUCCUGAACUUGGAACAUAUCUGGAUAACAGACAUCACUAGCAUCUUCAAGCCCACUUUCAGUUUCUACCCGAAGAGGAAACUAAGUAGGCAUUGGGCAGGAAUUAAUGAGACUCCUGAAUGAGACCUUGAUAAAUGGACAUGUAACUGUGUGCUCUCUCCUACCAGUUUAUAAAUGUGGUCCCCCAACUGCUCUUUUCAGAUUGCUUUGAAAUAAAGCUUACUUUUCUACAAAAAACUGAUAAGGAGCUAUAGAAGUUUUCAUGUAAUAUAUGAUCCAUUAGGCUUUCCAGAAAAACUGUAAGGACUUAACUUUAAGGUAUGUAACAAUGAUACCAUUAUCAUUGCCAAAAAAACUAAUAGUGAUUCUUAAUUAUUAUCUAAUAUCAUCUUAUAAUAGAUGUUCAAUUUUCUGCCAUUAUCACAAAAUGUCUGUUUGUGUGAAUCAGGAUCCAAACAAGAUUCACAUGUUAUAUUUUGCUAAUACCCCUUUAAGUCACUUAAAAAAAUACUUAAUAGACCUCCCUCUUUUUUCUUUAUUUGUUGAAAGAUAGGUCAUUUGUUCUAGAAUUUCUCAUGAUUUUGGAUUCAUCCAGUUGUAUCCCUGUAAUGUUAAGUAUGUUCUUCUAUCACCUACUUUUCCUAUAAACUGAUAGAUUUAGAUGCUCAUUCAAACACAGAUUCUAAUAUUUUUUAACAAGAAUGCUUGCUUUUGCAUCACAUUCGGAAGUGACCUGAUUUAUUUUCAAGUUCCCAAUAGGCUUUCACUUAAAUUAUGAUCUACCCAGCUUUGAUCUUGUAAUUCAUUAGGGGUUGCCUAAUGGUGGUUUUCUAAUUUUAUCAUUCUUUCUGCAUUUAUUAGCUGGGUUCUGUAAAAAACUUUCACUCUUUGAGACUUAACUGUAAGAUGAGGCAAAGAGAUUCUUGUAAGCUAACCCAAAAUUAGAAGCCCAGAUCCUUGGUCCUUUUGUUGGAGUCAGGGCUUGCACCCCAGGGUGAUGAUAA